CGAAAUAAUGUCUGAGUCAUUCUCGAGCCUCGUGGAACGCCCUUCAUCGUUCGCGGCCCUCGAUGCAUUCGUGCAGUUCACAGCAGAUCUCUCUGCGGACGUACAAGCGCUCACCGAGGCGGCGACUUCCGGCAGCACCAGCCAGGAGCCUCCGAGCAUCGACGGCAUCAAGCGCCACAUAGCAGUAGCGGAGGAGGCCCGUGACACCCUCAAGGGCGUCGGGGAGAAGCUCGACACUGUGGCGGGUGCUGCUGAGCUGGCGGAUCUGUGCAAGAAGCUCAACAUCCAGCAUGAGCUCAUGGCCAAGACGAUAGCCAAGGAGCUGGCGCGGCGCAAAUACGCCGUCCCGGAAGCGUAAGUGAGACCAACGGAUGGCUGAAGGAAAUCCGACCCAUUCUUUCUUUCCUUGCAUCAGGUUGCUGCGGCCGUCGAUGGAGGUCCAUGUCCAGCCCAAGCCCCAUCUGAGCAAACUGUCGACGCCCUUCGGCUCCAUCAACCCAUCGCCCGCACCACCCAGCCCCCUGCAACGUGCUCCCACACCGACCUUUGAGAGUCUGGGGCUGUCGAAGGAGUGUCUGGAAAAGCUGCAGCAGAUGGACAAGGACGACGGGGACGACAAAGACGACGGACAGGGCGGGGAGAAAGUAGCCGAUGACGGCGGUGACAAUGGUGUGUUGGCGGGUUACUCGCCCUCACCGCCCGUCCCCGUGCCGGCCUCUAGAGUUGGCAGUGGGAGGCUGGGGGCGGGGGGCGGAGGAAGUGAGAUAGACGAGUGACUGGAGGGCGUGAGAUAGAUAGACAUGUUGACAGGCAUUCCUGUCUGUCAAUGCACACAGAGAGGAGGGGUAGAAUGUACAGACACACACGGCCCAUUAACAUGUCCACUUGG